AGCGAACGAGUGUCUCCGGCCUUCCUUGCCUUUUGCUGCUGUCACAGUCAGCAGGAGGAAAGCGAAGGUGGAACACAUACACAUGACCAUACACAUACACGUAUACAUACACAUACACAUGCAUACACAUAGACACAUACACAUCACUCAGCAUUCGUCGUUGAUUCUCCCGCAGUUCUGACGGUAUCGGUACGGCGAGUCUUCACGGGCAGAGGCCUGAGGGCCAAACUCUUCAAACACGGGCCUGCAGCCACAGGCCCAGACGAGAAGCGAUGGAGGCCCAAGCAACGACAGCAACAGCGAAUGUUCACCUACAAGCUCCACGGCAGGUGCCGAGCCAACAGCAACCGCAACAGCACAGGUCGAGCACUUCGCCGCCUCCAUCUGCAGCGAACGCCGCAGCGCUCUCGUCCGGCACCGCAGCCACAUCGAAAUCCGCCUCGACACGCAGCAAUAGCAUCGCCUCAUCGACGGGAUGGACGCAUAACAGCCUCAGCCCUUCGGGCCGCGGCGGACACGACAGUCACGGCCAUACGCUCAGUCCGUCCAGCAGUCAUUCUGGCGUAGCCGCCGCGUUCGCGGAGAGUUGCAGCAGCAUACAGGCAGGCGGCAGCGGUGGCAGCAGUUGCUGCACGGCAGGCGGCGCCGUCACGAGGAGCAUGGACGGAAUGACGCCCUCGGCGGCAGGCGUGCGAUCGACGGCCAACGCUCAGACGGAUCAGCUGAGCUUCAAGGAGGCCAACGCCAGUCUCGCUAACGUGCUGAGCCUUGCAGAUAACCUGUCUGCCGAUCCGGGCAGUCUGUCCCACACUGAUCCGUCCUCGGAUCUGCUCGUCAAGGCCUUGUCAGACGAGGCCAGUCGGCGUGGAGCAGAUGGAGAGCAGGGACACGGGAAUUGGCGAGAGCGAGAACAGGAAGAAGACCAGCAGCAGCCAUCACGAAGCAGCUUGCAUCAGCAUCAGCACCAUCUCCCUAUAGCAAUGAGUCAGGCUGUCAAGCUGUCGCCCAAGGCAUCUUUGAAAGCCGAGGCUGCGCCCGCAGCGCUGGCAGACACGGCAUCCGAAGCGCCCGAACCGUCGUGGAGCCGCCCGAGUAGUGGGCCCGCGAGUGCAUACACCAGCCCAGCCGCCAAAAACUUGCCGCUGCACUCUCACCCAGAGGGACUGCAGGUGCAUGGACACGCAGGCCUAUCGCCCCCUUCGGGUUUAUCGACGACAAGGCUGUCCGCCAAGGGCUACCUGAUGGACACCGCGACCGCUGCAAGCGGCUCACCGCACGCGUACCAUCGCGCCAUGACGCAGCAGGCUACCGUCGCGCUGGGCCACAGCUGCGACGUUGCAGUGUCCUCCUCCCCCCCAGCUGGGCCCGCCGCGCCCUCCAUCGGCCUGCUCGGCUUUCCGAGCGCGUUGGGGCGCUUCGGCAGCGUGCCGCAUUCUACCUCCGCCUCCGCUGCGAACUCGGCGUCCGCCUCAGCCUCAGGGACGCCCGAUCGCAAGCUGACACCGAGCCAGUCCGGGCGUAGCACGCCCAGUCUCAGCGCGGCGAGCGUGUCGACGACUGCGCAGAUGCAACAGCAACAACAUCUCAUCGCGUCGCCGCGCCCGCAGCUGGUGCUCGAGACGCAUCACCUUCAACUGCAGACGCACAAGCCGAGCGGGCGCCGCAUGAUCAACCAGUACAUCAUCGAGGACGAGCUAGGCCGCGGCGUACAUGGCAAAGUACGAAUGGCAUGGGACACGGAGACGGGCGAACGCGUCGCGGUCAAAAUCGUUGAGCGGCAAUCACGCAAGCGACUCGGCGGCGGCGGGCAGGAGUGGUCUGCGCGCAUCGCUGCCAAACAGCGUGCAGCGACAGCCGUGGCUACCACGACAGCGCCUGCGCAGAUGCACAAAGACGACGCUACAUCAGCAGCGUCAUCGUCGGCGUCUCCGUCGUCUCCGCAGACUGGAAGCAUGGGCGGCGCGCCGGGCGACAAGGGCAAGGCGAGGGACAAUGAAGUAGACCCGAUCCAUGCGCACGUGCAGCGUCUGCGAGUAGGCGGCACCGAUAGCGGCGAGCAUGCCAGCGGCGGUGAAGACUCAGCCGACACGACCGUGCCGCGUCGGGCGCACUUUGCACUCAGCCCGCCCCGCUCGCCUGGCGCGGCGGCCGCGGCGCGCUUCGGGCCCUUGGAGCAUGGCCUGCCGACACGCGAGGAGAUGGCAGAGCAUGAGGCGCUGCGUAAAGAAAAGGCGGAGCGCGAGAAGGCGCGCAAGGCGCUGCUGUGGACAACGGACAAGAAGGUCAAGCGCGAGAUUGCCAUCAUGAAAAAAUGCCAACAUGAGAACAUCGUUCGGCUUCGCGAGGUCAUCGAUGACCCGCAGAGCAAGAAGAUCUUCAUGGUGCUUGAAUACAUGGCGGGAGGCGAAGUGCAGUGGAAGGACGAGCAGGGUAGGCCGACACUUACUGUGGACGAAGCGCGGCGGACGUUCCGCGAUGUCGUGCUCGGUCUGGAAUACCUGCAUUACCAAGGCAUCAUCCACCGCGACAUCAAGCCAGCGAAUCUGCUCUGGAACGAGGAAAAGCACGUCAAGAUCUCCGAUUUCGGCGUCUCGCACUACAGCUACGCCCUGCUCGUCGCCAGCGGCGGGCUACCGUCCAGCGGCUCGGGCGAGACCAAUGACCCGAGCCUGACGGACGACAGGGAGCUCGCCAAGACGGCGGGCAGCCCAGCGUUCUUUGCGCCCGAGCUGUGCCUCGCGGGCGAAGCGCCGUUGACGUCCAGCUCGCUCAAGGAGCGCGGAGGCAACAGCACCAGCACCAUCUCGCCCAGCCACGACCCUGUGCAUUCGGGCUUCCCAUUCAACAAUGGCCCGUCGAGCGGCGGCGCCACCGCCGCCAGUGCACCCGCGCCGCGUGGGCCCAAGAUCACCAAGGCGAUCGACGUUUGGGCGCUCGGCGUGACGCUGUACUGCUUGCUCUUCGGCGAGCUGCCAUUCACGGCACCGAGCGAGUUUGCGCUGUUCAACGUCAUCCCCAAUGAUGACUAUAAGCUGCCGGUGUACAUGGGCGCGGACAAUGUGCGCGUCGGGCCGCGCAAGCCGCGUGAGGAUGCGCGGCAGCUGCGGGACCUGAUAGACCGCCUGCUCGAGAAGGAUCCAGAGCAGCGCAUCAAGCUGGAGGCAGUCAAGAAGCAUCCCUGGGUCACGCGCGGCUUGCACGACGCACCGGCGUGGCUGAUCGCCACUGCGCCUGAA